AAACCAGAAACAUAACGUAGAGAGAGAACACUGAAAUUCCUAAAAUACCCUUACAGUUUCAAAACUAGGAAUCAAAACUACACAAGCUCAUCCUUUUUCAUUUUCAUGGCUGAGAGACUCACUUGUUGCACUUGAAGCCAUCCAACAAUCCCAUUCCAUUUUCGUAAUUACACACACUCUUUCACUUUUCUUAUUUUCUUAUUUUCAUAUUUUCUCCAUACAAAGAAAAAGAAAUAAAAAAAAAUGUCUGAGUUCCGUCGCAAAUCCGGUCACUACUGCAUGCUCCGCCACCGGAUUCAUAGCCGCGUAUCGUUGCUCCAGCGAUGCCUCCUCCGUGCUCUACACCGCUUCCUCGCCUGCUCCGGAACGAAGCCAGGUGCGAAUGCUAAUUACAGCAUGUUACCACCGCAUGCAGCAUUGCCGUCUCAGUCUCCGCAGCUGGAAUCGGGCGCCGAAUCUGCCCCGACGCCGGUUUUUCAUACAAAUGAAUUGGAUACUGAUUUGGUUAAUCUUAAAAUCAGCUUGUUGGGUGAUUGCCAAAUCGGAAAAACCAGCUUUUUGGUGAAAUAUGUGGGAAAUGAAAAGGAGCAGGAAGGGGAAGAAAGGAAAGGACCAAAUCAAAUGGACAAAACAAUGGUUGUGAGUGGAGCACGUAUAUCCUAUUGUAUCUGGGAAGUUCAAGGAGAUGGAAAAUCGAAAGACCAGCUUCCAAUGGCAUGUAAGGACUCAGUGGCAAUUUUAAUCAUGUUUGAUCUAACUAGUCGAUGCACAUUAAACAGUGUUGUGGGAUGGUACAAAGAAGCAAGAAAAUGGAACCAGACUGCAAUACCAGUAUUGAUAGGAACAAAAUUCGAUGAUUUCAUUCAGCUACCUAUUGAUAUGCAAUGGACAAUCGCUAGUGAGGCAAGAACAUAUGCAAAGGCAUUGAAUGCCACUUUGUUCUUUUCAAGUGCAACAUACAACAUCAACGUGAACAAGAUCUUCAAGUUCAUCACUGCAAAACUCUUCGACUUGCCAUGGACGGUCGAAAGGAAUCUAAAUGUUGGAGAACCCAUCAUUGAUUUCUGAAUGUCUAUAUAUAUUACAUAGAAAGAAAUAGAAUCUAUGUUGAAGUAAUUUGCUCAAAUUAUUUUAAGUUAGUCAACCGGCCAACCAAAGAUAUUUGUUUGUUAGCAAAAAAUUCAUAAUUCUUGGGGUAAUCGAGUUGUUAGGUAUAUAUACAUUUUAUUUCUAUUUCUAAUGGAAACAAACAACAAUGUUCAUUUAUCACACAAUGGUGUGAUUUUUA